UGCAGUUGAUACCAUAAAUGCAAAUUUUAAAGAUGACAGAGGUACACGUGUUGCACCAAUCUGACGAUUUUGAUGACAGUGCUUCAGCAACCAGCGCAUCUGAAGAAGAAUUAAGUGACACCGAAGAAAAAACAGAUGAAGACAUGACAAUAAAAAGUGAAAAUGAUGAAGAUGAUGAUGAUGAUGAAAGUGGAAAUGAUGAUGAUGAUGAAAAUGAAAGUGGUGAUAAUAUUCUGUCCAUGGCAGAUGAUGGACUUAGUGACUCUGAAAUCCAAGGAGAUACAAAAGCGGGGCUUGCUGAUGCCAUGAAUAAAAUUCUCAAGAAACAGAUUCCAGCACACAAACAAACUAUUCUUGCAAAGGGAACCACUGACAAGGAGUUGACCCGAAAGCGACAAAAUGUUGAUGAAGAAACAAGAGAAUCUCAUGUGUCUCAGCAGAAGAAAAAGCUCUGGGAGAGUAUGGGUCGCACCAAACCCAACCCACUGGACAGGGAGAGGGAACGAAAACUUCAGCGUAUAGCACAAAGGGGUGUCGUUCAGCUCUUUAAUGCGGUGCGGAAACAACAGAAGGUUCUGGAUGAAAAGAUGAAGGAAGUGGGAUCUUCCGAGACCAAAAGAGAAAAAGUGGAAAAGUCAAUGACCAAAGGCAAAUUCUUGGAUAUCCUAAAAAGUGCCGAGAGUAAACCUGAACAGGUUGAAAUUAAGAAAGAAGAGAAGUGGAGUGCUCUCAGAGAUGAUUUUAUGAUGGGGGCUAAAAUGAAGGACUGGGAUAAAGAAAGUGAUGAUGAUAAUGCAGAGGACACAUGAAAUGACACACAAACAAAUAGGGACAUUGCCUCAACUGUCUUGAUACAAUUGAAGGAAAUACAACACUGGAUUUAUCUAUUACUGUGAAUUCAUACUAAUAGGGGUAUUUUUCUAGAGGUUCAGUUUUCAUGGAUUUGGAGGGUGCUUCUAACAAAUUAAAACCUCAUACAGUGGAUGAAUAUUCCCAGAUAAAAAACCCUUCACAUUCCCCAAAGCCUGUUAAUUUUUGUAACUC